AUGGACUCGAUUCAUGAUCGAUGGAUGAGGGAGGCAUUGACCAUGGCGGAGGAGGCCUUGGCUGCAUCCGAGGUCCCUGUGGGGUGCGUGUUUGUCAGAGACGGUAUCAUUAUCGCAAAAGCACGGAAUCGCACAAAUGAGCUCUGCAACGCCACGAGACAUGCAGAAUUGGAGGCCAUUGAUAGCAUCAUGGCCGAUAGAUCGUUGACCCCAGAAAUAUCCGAAUAUCCCUUGUCAAAUACCACCCUCUAUGUCACGGUUGAGCCUUGCAUCAUGUGUGCAUCUGCCUUGCGACAAAUGGGAAUUAAAGAAGUCUUUUAUGGGUGCGCUAAUGAUAGGUUUGGGGGUUGCGGCAGCGUGCUUGGCGUAAAUGAACGGCUUCCUCAUCCAACGCACCCUUCCUAUUCCGCAACAGGUGGAUAUUACCGUGAGGAAGCUAUCAUGAUGCUUCGUCGUUUCUACAUCACCGAAAACACAAAUGCCCCAAUUCCCAAGUCGAAAGCUAACCGAGUCCUGAAAACGAUUAUCUACCCUGAUCCCCCAAGGCCGUGA